AUGAAUAUGAAUGCCAAAAAUAUCCGUUGGGUAGAACCACCUGCCACAAUUAUAGAUGAAACUAUCAUGAAUUCCCUGGUUCCGGAGGCAGACUUUCCUGUAAAACCUAUAUUGAAACUACCGAGAAAUACACCAUUUCCAUUUGCAUCUGAAGACGACAACAAAGAACUGGAAGAUCAAGAAGAUCUCAACAAGACAAAGCAGAUUUCAAAUCUACUACGUAAUCAUUUUAUUUGCAUCAUGAAAAGUAUUUUUGGGUUAAUAAAAAUGUUAAUUAAUAAUCAAAUAAUAACAGGGUUUACGAACUUUCUUAUAUCCGCUAUUGCAUUUAUAUCCAUUACAGCGCUCAGGAUUAUUGCAGCUGUGGGUAGAUUCUUAAUAGAUUUUGAUUUUUCAUUGUUUUUUGAAAGCUGUCUGUUUCUACUAGAAGAGCAUGAGUUAUAUUUCACCACUGAUCUAAGCCACCAACAUCCAAAUCGCAAAUCCAACAAAAGGCGUGUCACUACAACAGCCGGCACAUAA